GAAGCCGUCGCCGCCAUGGUGCAGGCCUGGUAUAUGGACGAGUCCACGGCCGACCCGCGGAUGCCCCACCGCGCACAGCCCGACCGCCCUGUGGGACUGGAGCAGCUGCGCACGCUCGGAGUGCUCUAUUGGAAGCUAGAUGCGGACAAGUAUGAGAAUGAUCCAGAACUGGAACAGAUUCGGAAAACAAGGAACUACUCAUGGAUGGAUAUCAUCACCAUAUGCAAAGAUUCACUUCCCAAUUAUGAGGAGAAGAUCAAGAUGUUCUUUGAGGAACAUCUGCAUCUGGAUGAGGAGAUCCGCUACAUCCUGGAGGGCAGCGGGUACUUCGAUGUCAGGGACAAGGAGGACAAGUGGAUCCGGAUUUCUAUGGAGAAGGGGGACAUGAUCACGCUUCCUGCCGGCAUUUAUCACCGCUUCACGCUGGACGAGAAGAACUACGUGAAGGCCAUGCGGCUGUUUGUUGGAGAACCUGUAUGGACACCAUACAACCGGCCAGCUGACCAUUUUGAUGCCCGGGUACAGUACGUGAAGUUUUUGGAAGGAACAGCAUAGCAGUGCUCCUCAAAGUGAAAGCCGCACUGUGUGAAUCUCCUGCUGUGGUAACCGAUUGGAAAAUUCUCACCUCUCUGCUCUUAUAUGGACUGGAGGCUAGGCUAGCUGUCUUUGGUAAGAUUGUUAGAUCAGAGUCUUUUAAAUAAAAGCACCUGUAAAAGUGAUUUUUACAUGGAAGCCACGAGAAUGUGAAUAAGUGAUAUUAAUUUUCUCUGUCAAGUCUUAGAGGUAUGGCAGCCCUGGGUAUAUGUAUAUUCAUGCAUAGCCAAUCUUCAUCUUCCAGAAGGUCCUUCUGUAGGUGUCAGUUGGGGGGGGGGGUUGAAACUGCUCUCUGGAAGAGGGCAGUUAUACCCAGAACAACUAACCAGAUGAUGUUUUCCUCCCUCUCUGAUAUUUGGGUGGGGAAGUGGGGUUGUUGUUCCUCUUUCUUCAAACUAAAUUACUUUAAUUGUAUGCUCACAGCUAAGCUGUAUUGUACUUAUGUGUACAUACAGUAUUUUUCUUGGUUCAUUAAAGCCUCCAAUUUAGAUUUUUACAUGAUUUUAUAUGUAUGUACAUGAUUAAUUUCUAUAUCAAGGUAGAUAUUUUCAGUGUAGCUUUGGGUCCUUUUACAAUCAAGAUUCAAAAGAAGUAAUAAUAAAAUAAUGAUUUUUCUACAUUAGCACUUUGGGGUACCUAGUGUAGAUGUAGAGAUCUAACCUAGCAAAUGCAAGGCCUCAGGCAUGAGCCCCAGCACAACAAAUAAAGAAUAAUAACCCUGAAA